AUGGACAACCAAUCCAUUUCAGGUUCCACGUUCGUGACUGCACGUACAGAACCGUACACGCCGUCGUUGAACGACACCAUCGAAGCAGACCCGAUGGCUGCCUCGACCGCAAUCCCCCCGGUCGCGUCUCCCGACAGGGACCUCGCAAUCCGCACCAACGCGCUCACCAUGGUCGACGGCUACCCCGUGAGCAAGAGUGUGUGGCCGGACGAGCAAGCUACACCUACCAAGCCGCUAGCGAACGGGUUCGCAAAUGGCCAUGUUGUGGACAGGAAGGGUACCGGUAACUCUGUGGCCAACGGCAAUGGCACACCUGUGCCGGCUUCCCCUACGGCACACAUGUCGAGCGUGCCCGUGUUCACGACUGGGUCGCGCAUCUCGCACGUCUCGACCGACAGCGCGGCGUCCCAGGCGACCAUCAUGCCGCAACAGGCCAUCCCCGUUGUCAUUACGUCGCCAGACUCGAGCCCGAACACGAGCCCGUCACGGGGUAUCCCGGCCGUUGCGUCUGGAGAGACGCCGCUGAACAUGCCUGGUGGUCCCAUGCCACCGCAACGCCCCGAGCUGGUCUCACACCCAUCUCGAUCAUAUGUCUCCUCGCCGCCGCCAAUCACCACCACGUACGAGCGGCCGCUCGAGGACCCCGUCCAGCGCCGCGCGAGCACCAUCUCGUCCCGCUCCAAGAAAGGUUCCACGGGCGCGGCCGUCGCUGCCGGUGCUGUCGGCGGAGUGGCUGCUGGUGCCGGUGCCGCUGCGCUCGCAUCAAGGGAGAUGGAUAAAGUCUCGCGUCCCAAGGAGCUGUCGCGUAAUUCAUCUAAAGCGUCGCGCCAUGGCUCACUCACAGAGAUGCUUCCUCCCUCGCCCAGGGAACCCGCUGAUCAGCAACACCAGCCGCAGACCAACGGCAUCAUGGCGGCCCCCGUCACCUCGCCCGAGAGCGCGAUCCGUUCGUUGGACGGCUACGGUGAUCACCCCGCGACCCACAGCGAGCUGGAGCGCGGCCACGCCCGGCGCAAGCACAAGGCUGCCGUCGCCGGCGCCGCUGGAGCCGCCACUGCAGCGAUAGUGGCUGGUACCGUGCACGCGAGCGGUGACCGCGACCCGAUCCAGCGCCCACAGUCAGCGCAUGCCGGCUCGGUAGCGCGGUACAGCGGCGACAUGCCACGUGAGGCCAGCUUUGACGGCGAGCGCCCGCACGAGCGCGACGUGCAACCUCGUCGUCCCCAGUCUGCUGCUGCUGGUACGUUUGGCAACAGGCGCGAGUCGGGCAUGUCCCAGGCCUCGACGCUGCCGGACCAGUACGGCCGCCAUGUGCUUUCGCCACGCGGCUCGGUGCGCCAUGGCCAGCGCCUCCCGCCCAUUGCCGAUGCCGGCGACCAUGCGGACGAGUACGGCAAGCCGAACGGCCACCACGUCGCGUACGGCGCCGCUGCUGGCGUCGCCGCUGGGGCCGCUACGGGCCUCGCCGUGGGCGAAGUGGCCAGCCUCCGCCGUCAGCACGACAUGCAGCGGUACCCGGGCGACGACGGCGAAGACCUGCGCGGCACGCGUCUCGUGGACAACGGACCGGUCCGCCGCCACUCGAGCUAUGGAGGACACCGUACGCAGCCGGCGGACGAAUACAACAACCACGGCUUUGCGGCUGAUAACCGCAACGCCAUGCUCGGCCGCAGCAACACGGUGCUGUCGCGGGCGACUACGCUGGGCCGCAACGGCACGCUGUCGCGCGCAGCCAACGGCGGCACGGUCGGACGCCGGUCGGGUGCGUUUGGCCGCGGCGCAGGUCUCAGCGUCGGUACCCAGCCCGAGGAGGUCCUUGGACGCGAAGACAUUCACUCCCGCGCCGAGUAUUCUGAACGCCAGCUCGACGACCGCACCAUCAAGCGCCUGAGCGGCAUGGAGAAACGCGACGCCAAGCGGCUGUCGAAAUUACUCAAGUCCGAGGGCCGGUCGCAGGCACGCACGAUCGACGCGGCCAUCAAGGACCUCAGGGGCCUCGUGUCGUUGCAAAAGGACGCGAUCGGAGCUGAACGCAAGUCGCAGUCACGCCUCGCCAAGUGGACUGGUCGCGAGCACAAGGCGCGCAUGCGGUUCUUGAAGGAGAAGGAGCGCUACGAAAAGGUCGAGGGCGAACUGCGCGGCGCCGAAAACGACUUUGAGGAGCGGCGCGACCACGCCGCGGGCCUGACCGCGCAAAUUGCUGAACGCACACAAGAGGUCGACGACCUGCGCGCCCAAAAGGCCGCCGACGACAGGGAGCGCGAGGUCAAGCUGCACGCUCUCAAGCACCCGGCGUUUUCGUAG